AUUAAUAAAAAAAUUCAUCAACUAAAUUAUUUGUUGAGUGUUACGCGGUAAUGUUAUAACUGAUUAAAACUUUCCUUAUUUUUCUAUUAUUGAAAAAAAAAAUAAGUAAAACUCAAUUUUUUUUAGAAAGUAACAAAAAACCAUAAAAAAAAAAACCAAAUGGAUAAAUAAAAAAUUAUAUAUUAAAAAAAAAAAACCAUAAAACCAAAUCGAUCCGUAAUCCCAAUUUUCAAGUGAAUCUCCUCAUUCAACUCCUUCACCUUCGGCCUUUGCCACCAAAAUCACAAAAUGAGGUCGACCCAUUUCUCCACCACCGGUACCGGCACCGGCACCGGCACCAGAACAUCAUGUUUUGCAGUUCAGGUAUUGAAAGGCCGAUGGUUCAGCGUUUUCGCCUCAUUCCUAAUCAUGUUCGGCGCCGGAGCCACCUACCUGUUCGGAGUAUACUCCAAGCAAAUCAAGGCCACCCUCGGUUACGACCAGAAGACCCUAAAUCUCAUCGGCUUCUUUAAAGACCUUGGAGCCAAUGUUGGAGUUCUCUCUGGCCUAAUUGCAGAGGUCACACCCACCUGGUUCGUCCUCCUAAUCGGUGCAGCCAUGAACUUCGUCGGUUACUUCAUGAUCUUUCUCGCCGUAGCAGGAAAAAUCCCAAAACCCAAAGUCUGGCAAAUGUGUAUGUACAUCUGUAUUGGAGCAAAUUCGCAAAAUUUCGCUAAUACGGGAGCUUUAGUGACUUGCGUUAAGAAUUUCCCAGAAAGCAGAGGAGUCAUGUUGGGUCUUUUGAAAGGGUUUGUGGGAUUAAGUGGUGCUGUUAUGACACAGAUCUAUUAUGCAAUUUAUGGUGAUGAUUCUAAAUCUUUGAUUCUUCUCAUAGCUUGGUUACCUGCAGCUUUAUCUGUUGUUUUUGUAUACACAAUUAGAACUAUGGAGCCAGAGAAGAGAAAAGGUUCGAAUAAGGAUGAGCUUAGAGUCUUUUACCAUUUCCUAUAUGUUUCUCUGUUUAUGGCUAUUUUCAUUAUGGCAAUGAUAAUUGCUCAAAAAUUGACCCAAUUCUCAAGAGCCGCUUAUGCUGGGAGUGCAACUGUUGUUUGUCUUUUACUCUUUGUACCUCUUUUAAUCGCCAUUAGAGAAGAGCGUCAUCUAUGGAAUCUCAACAAAAAUGUCCCUAACCACACUCCUUCUCAGAUCAUUUUGGAAAUCCCAAAAGAAGUAAAACAGAUUCAGAAUCAAGACAUUCUUUCCCCCAAAGCUAAGAAAUCUUGUUUCUUAACAGUGUUUGACCCUCCACCCAGAGGAGAAGACUACACCAUUUUACAAGCUCUCUUAAGUGCAGACAUGCUCAUUCUCUUCCUCGCUACACUUUGUGGACUAGGAUCGAGUUUAACCGCCGUUGACAACUUGGGUCAGAUCGGAGAAUCACUGGGUUACCCAACUCACACCGUUAGUUCAUUCGUCUCCUUAGUAAGUAUUUGGAACUAUUUCGGUCGUGUCUUUUCUGGUUUCGUUUCAGAAGCUCUUUUAGUCAAAUACAAAGUCCCACGGCCAUUGAUGAUGACAUUUGUUCUUCUCCUCUCAUGCAUUGGUCAUAUCCUCAUAGCAUUUCCAAUUCCGGGUUCGGUUUACAUUUCAUCAAUCAUAAUUGGGUUCUCAUUCGGAGCUCAAUUACCUCUGCUCUUCGCAAUAAUUUCAGAGCUUUUUGGGCUCAAAUAUUACUCGACAUUGUUCAAUUGUGGACAGUUAGCCAGUCCUCUGGGCUCCUACAUUCUCAAUGUCAAAGUCGCCGGAGCACUUUACGACAGAGAAGCAUUAAAGGAGUUGACAAGGAAAGGGUUGGAUCGAAAUUCGGUGAAGGAGUUGGUAUGUAUUGGAAAACAGUGUUAUAAAUUGUCGUUUUCCAUUUUGGCUAUGGUGACUUUCUUUGGAGCUUUGGUGUCGUUGAUUUUGGUGUAUAGAACCAAAGAAUUUUAUAAAGGUGAUAUUUAUAAAAAGUUUAGAGUGAGUGAGGAAGAAGAAAGGGGUUUGAGUAAUAAUGUGUCUUCUUCUACUACUACUACUGUUGUUAAUGGUCAGUAGUGAAGUGAAAAACAAUAUUUAAUUAUUUAGUUAUUUUGUUUAUUUAUUAAAUAUUGAAGAAGAAGAUGAUGAUGAUGAUUUAUCUUAUGAUGUUGAUUUUGCAAUUUGGGGAGUGGAAGUUUUUUUCUUUUU